UCCCGUUUACCAUCAAUUUUUGUCUACCACAUUGCACAUAUGAACACACUGUAGACUGCACUGUAUGACCCCACCUCUUCUGCGCUUAUGCUGUAUAGAUUUACUGCUCCGGUUUCGCCACACUGCUGCUAAGGUUAACUGAAACGGCGCUAUUCUUUGCAGCAAUACAAAAAAGUGUAUGAAACAGUUCAUGUUGUUGUUGCGCAGUACUUGCUGCCUUUUCCGUAUUUCCGGCCUUUAUAAAACAAAUAAACACAAUUUUUUUGAAAUCGUUUCAAUAACGAGUUGAGCGCGAAACGUGUUGGUUGAUACAAAAUACUCGUGGGAAGCUGUAAUUUUAACGGAAGAAUAUUUUUUUUUUUAAUUUUAGAUAAGUAGUGUUUUUUGAGAAGUGCAAACUAUUAUGCAGACGUGCAAAUAAUAAAAAUAUAUUUUUUUUUUCGAGUGCGCGCCCAUGCAAGUGAAACCAAUCGAAACCCAAUUUGUACAUCGAACUAAUUAAAUCAUGCCGUUUUCGCUGCAGGAAGCUUAAACUUGUCUAUUAGCGUCAACAUUGUUGCAGAACUAUCUGCGCUAAAUGUGCUGUGUGAACAACUUUAAUUAAAAAUACAUACAGGUGUGAAAAAAAUAAAAAAAAGUUAAUGAACAAUGCGCCGGUGGAGUUUUCUGCUGAUUUUUUGUACAUUUUAUAAAGUCACCCGUGGCAUUGAGCUGCCCACCGGUGUGCCCAAAUGUAAUUGCAUACCUGUAAAAGAGUGCGAACCAAUUGUUUACUUGCUCCUGAAUCACAAACCGCAUGAAGCUGACAUGAUAUACAAAAUAGUACAGAGUGCCGGUUGUGGUUAUGCCGGUCUCGAUCCGCUCGUUUGCUGUCCCACCACCUAUGCGAACCACAAAAUUACGACGCGACUACACACAACUGACAUCGAUGCCUACCGCAGCACAGAUCCCGAUGUUUGGGUGUGGGGCAGUACACAGUUUCCCACACGCAUCAACGCACUCACCGAAAUGUUGUUGGCCGCCAGUUCUAUCGAUGGUAGAACAACUAAACGCAGAUCUAAGGAAUUUUACGAGGAAGCGGAUGUGUUUGAUUUUAUUGAUCCAAAAACACAAAGAAACUUUCCACACUCAUUCUAUGAAGAAUCAGUUGACUCCCAGAAAGUGAAUGGUGAGCGAAAGAUGCAUUAUGGAAGUGGAGGUUUGGAUCAAAAAAAUUUCCAGUAUCAUUCACAUAAGCAUCAUCAUCAUUUUGGUAGCGAUAGUUAUUUUCCACAUCACAAUCAACAUCAUGAAUACGAAUAUGGUCGUGAGAAUGUGUACGACAGCAAUGAAUAUGUCGAAGGUGAGGAGGAAUAUCCACGCACUAUUUUAAGACCCAUCAAUGACGGUCCCAUUGUUUAUCCGGAUGAUAGACGCUUAAACCGGCCACUAAAAUUUCCAACAAUAACAACAACAACAACAACGACGACGACAACGACAACCACAACUAAGAAGCCAACAAGCAAACCGUUAGAACAAUCUAAAGUGAACAUAGCACGCUGUGGUAUGCCCGAUAUAAACGCCGGAAAUGGGGAACGCUUAUACCCCUGGAUAUCACGCAUAGCAUACAUUAAUAAAACCAGCAAUGUCAUCAGCUAUCGCUGUUCCGGUUCCGUUGUGAGUCAAUCACAUAUUCUCACCGCGGCGCACUGUGUCGUAAAUCUCGUGAGCGAUCUACAGCUCUCUCAUGUGCGCAUCGGCGGUGUGGCGCUGUCCGCGAAUUGUACUGCCAACAGCACCGAGAAUUGCACUAUUGCAUCGCGUAUCUAUCAAAUCGCCGAAGUUCGCGUACAUCCCAGUUAUGAUCAGCCGAAGUACGCCAAUGAUAUUGCAUUGGUUAAAAUUAUCGGCGAAGCCAGUGGUAACGACACAAGUAGUCCACGGGUGCGUUAUCUGAAUUUGCCGAUCGCUAAUACGACUGAGUGUGCAAUUACCUAUGCGAAAUUCAGUGAAAAUUUUAAUGACCCCAUCGUAAUUACGCCUUCACAGUUGUGCGCUCAGGGUGGACCAAUGAAUGACGUCUGUAGAGGUGACAGUGGUGGCCCGUUCAUGGAUGAUGGUUCCUCCGGUCUCAUAAAUACCAGUGGACGCCAUACUUUAUUGGGUAUUGUGGCUUUCGGACCGACAAAGUGUGGUAUGUCCAAUAUACCAGGUGUUUAUACGCGUGUUAGCUCAUACCUAGGAUGGAUCAUAGAAAGUAUUAGCUUAAGUUAGCUUGUUUCCUAAUUAUGUUACAAAUAUAUUACAUCAUUUUUUAUAUUAUUAUGUUACUGUUAAAUAUUAGCAAUUGAAUAAAUA